CGCUGGGUCUUCCCUCUGGCACUCUUGUCAGAGCCUGACCUCUGAGCUUUGGCAUCUGGUGCCUUAUUUUUGUGGUUAAGGAUUCUCAGUGUUGUGGAAUGCUGACAAAGUCUGGCCCAAAAGUUCUGGCUCUAUUUCCACCACAAGCUUCAGCAUGGCUGUAUCUCUCACUACUCCCUCUGGUCUGAGAACAGACAUGAAUAUCUUGGAAACCAACAGGUACUUGCGCUCCCAGCUGGAAAAAAGCAAACAGGACUUCAGAGACCUCACAGAGAAAUUCCUCGCCUCUCAAGCUACUGCUUACUCCCUGGCCAACCAGCUGCAGAAAUACAAAUGUGAAGAGUACAAAGACCUCAUUGAAUCCGUGCUGGAGGAGGAAGUGCUGUUUCAGGAUGGAGAGCUGGCAGAGAAGAUGAGCCUGGCUGCAAGGCUUGGGGAAUAUGAUCCCCUAAUUCAAGCUCAGGCCAGAGAACUGACCCACUUACGACAAAAGAUACAGGAAGGGGAAAGUGUGUGUUAUCUUUUCACACAGCAUAUAAAGAAUACAGCCAAGUCUUUUGAGAUUCUCCUCAGGAGCAGUGACCUUACCUACCACCAGGGACAGAAAUUCUGUGAGCUAUUGGCUCAAGGAAGUCACCUGGCAGAAAGACUUGCCAGCAAACUCACCAUUGAAAAUCAUGAUGAUAGGAAGGUUGACCAUGGACAGGAGCCACUGGCACCCAGAUCAGGACCAGCUGUGAGGCUAUGGUUCCCGGUUGCCUUAGUUUGA